CACCCUCCCAUUCAUAAAAAAGCCAUUUUCCCAAGCAGUUGCAACAUCGCAUCAAAACGCCUGUGUUCUCGCUGCAGUGCAGCUCGCGAGUUUGCAUUUGGCUUUAAAUGGAAAUGUAAUCUGGAAUAUACUGGCAACCGUACGCAUGAGAUAAGGACAUGGGCUGUUUUUCAGUACAAAACCGCUAGAUGUGAAUCCCCCCCCACCCCCGGUGCCUGAAGGACAAAGGCGUACCAAUGGAGUCUAGACUCUCCCACCACAUUCCAGGGGUCUCCUCCUCCAUCAUGGUACAGCCCUUCCUGGACGCUCACGUCCCCUACGGGCGGAUGCAGCCGUCUCUGACCGUCUUCCCCAUCGACCAGAUGAAGUCCUCCCACGUGGAGAACGACUACAUCGACAGCCCCGCCGUGGUGCAGCAGCCUCCGGCCAGCCAGAAGGCCGCCAGGGGGGUCCACGAAGCCGCCGUCGGGGGCUCCCAGCUCGCCAGGAGUCAGUCGCAGGACGUCACGCACCCUUGGAUCACUGUCGGCGGCCGGCCCUGCUCCAUCAGUAGCAGCAGUAGCGCGUCCUCGGACCAGCGGCUACUGGACCACACCGCGCCCACCCCCAUGUUGGAGGCAAGCCCGGGCAUGCUCAGGACCCCUGGCAUCCAGCCCAAGACAGUCUGCUCCAAGCCCGUGGACUCGAAGGGCCUGUCAGUCCCGCCAGAAGGGCGGCGACACUUGCUACUGUGCGAGUCGUGCGGUAAGUGCCGAUGCACAGAGUGCACGCUUCCCCGGACGCUGCCGUCCUGCUGGGUUUGCAACCAGGAGUGCCUCUGCUCGGCGCAGAGCCUGGUAGACUGUGCCACCUGCAUGUGCCUCGUGAAGGGCGUCUUCUACCACUGCACCGACGACGAGGACGAGGAAGGCUCCUGCGCCGAGCGGCCCUGCUCCUGCAGGCCCUCGAACUGCUGCGGCCGCUGGUCCUUCAUGGGCUGCGUCUCACUGGUGCUGCCCUGCCUGCUCUGUUAUCUGCCGGCCCUGGGCUGCGUCAAAAUGUCCCAGAGGUGCUACGAUGGGGCCCGGCGUCCUGGGUGCCGCUGCAAGGCCAACCAGGUUCGAAAAGUUGGGGAGGGGAAGGCUGGGGUGCUGGGGAUACAGACCUCUUGAUACCCCCCCCCCCCCCGAAUCAGGCACAUCUGUGGUCACCCCCUAAAGACUCAAGAGGAACUGUGUUGUGCUGGUGGACUUUCAAAAACCAUGGUACUUACAAACGGUUAAUUUGCGAUCGCCUCGUUACCGUGGCAGCAUGCCACACCUCACAGAUGGACUGGUGGAAGGCAGAGGUGGAUUUUGGCACAAGUUGAGUGUUGGGUGUCUUUUUUUAUGUCUUCAAAGCUGUCUGACGUUCAACACCUCGACCCCCGCUGCAGACCCGUCCCCCCCCCCCCCCCCCCCCGACUCCCCCAUCGGUCUCCCACACUCCAGCAAAACAAAAUGUUAUUUCUUAAAAAAAAUGUCUUUGACACUUCUAUUUAAUGUUGAGCAAUAGGUUUCCAUUAGCUAAAAAUAGAUUGGUGACUUUUUUUGUAUGAAUGAUGAAAUGGAAAUCCGUUCUGCUUUGUUGAUUGGCACCGGCCAAAGUGAUGUAGAGGAAGAACACCAUUCACUGAUUGGCUGGCCCCGCCCACUUCCCCCUUACAGCCGCCUACUCUGCGGCGAGCGUCACCAUCGAAAAAAAACCCAUCAGCAAAGAAUGAAAUUGUAUUCUAAACAUUUUAAUUACCCAGGAAAUUGUCCCAUUUACAAUCUCGAACAAGAACCAGGAGGAGAGAAGGUUGCCAGCUUCUGAAAGGCUAGAAUAUUUUAGACAAUAAGAAAAUGUCUUAAAUUGAAGUAUCUGUCUUUAAAGCUCGUCUAGUUUGCUCCGUUACAGGCAGCGAAUCAUAAAAAAAGCUUGAAAGUUCUUUAGUUAAAUUUGUCGUAAAAUUUGACAGUUCAGUCAUAGUUGUGUUUUAAUUCAGAGAUGAUCUCUCUCUGUGUUCAGGGUGGAGUCCCCAUCCCCCCCCCCCCCCCCCCCCGCUCAGAUAGAGGGACUGUUUUCCCAGACAACUAGCCAAAAGUCUGAGCCUCAUUUAAAGGAAAGGGUGCGUUUAAAAAGGGUUUAGAACCCGACUUCUUGCACACCCCAUAACGAGCUAUGUAGAGCUAAUCACAAGUAGAGGCGUAGUGUUAUUAAGUAGAGAGGUGAGGCAUGGGCUAAACUAUCACGCUCCAUCCUCCAUGUUCGCUAUAUGCCAUCUCCACCGAGCAUAAUCUAAUCUGUGCUGCUACUCGGCUGUGUCCAUGUUUAUGAAGAGGCAUAUUUUAUUGUAAAUAUCAAUCCUUUCUUCCAGAAGGUUUUUUUUUCAGUGAAUUGUAAAUGCUACAGCUUUAGCCAAAGGAUUGUAAUACGUCAGUCUUUUUUUUUUUUUUUUUGUCUGAGGUUUCUCCGAGGGAUCUUUUUAUUUUCGUGCACUUGACAAUUCGGUCGGAUGGCAAAUGCUCUUAAAGGUACAGGUUCCUUUUUUUUUUUCGCCCGGUGGAGUACCGGCAAAGAGAUACCGUGUUUCCGUAUCUCCCCCCCUCCCCUAACGGGGCUCCCGAGUCAUGCUGACGUUUCUACUAGUGUACCAUGGACAGAGUGAAAGACGUGCAAUUAUGCCGGAGGACGGGGGGGCGGAGUGGGGGCUCUCGUCUUUGUCUUGAAUGUACGAGGCAAUAUUCUUUUCAAGUAGCUCUUUGCAAUUCAACUAUAGGGUGGAUGCCAAAACCGUGAGAACGAGGCCCGACUAGCUAGCGAGAAGUGGAAGUGUCAGCUCGUCGCCGUCUCUUAGCGUAAAAAGAAUAUAUCUAUGCAGGUGUGCGUUUGUGUACAGUUCCGAGGGCCCUGUGUUCUUAACCUGUCAGCAGUAGUGAAAACGUACUGUAAAAUUGCAUGGUACACUAUAAUUACAGUACAGAAAUAUUUUUGGCGAGGUUGAGAGCCGGACAGGGGAGGGGAGGAGAAAGCAGACUGGUCUAUCACAAAUAGUACUUGCUUUAGAGAAGUGCGCUGGGCAAUAAAAAUACCUCUUUGUGUGUGAUGUUCAUGCCUCAUUACCUCGAGAGAGGCAAGACUAAUUCCUGCUUCCUCUGCACCUCUGAAACCAUAAAUUUGCUGCACAAAUACAAGUUUAGACCAACUUUAUAUAUAUAUAUAUAUAUAUAUAUUUCAGUGCCACGCAUUUCCCCAUAGCAGUCUAUCAGAUACCGCCAGCUUGACUGACAGCGUACAGCUGCGUAGUGCAGAUCCGUCUCAGCCGGUUAGUAUGGAGCCUCUGACCAGUUUCUCUCUCCCACCAUUUCCAUGGCUCUCCUUCUUCCUCCCUACGGGGAGGAUCACCCGUAGCCGCCAAUCCCGUCUCCCGAUCCACGUCCACUUUCCGUUCCCGUCAUUGAGAUACCGUUCGGCUUUCCGUUCACACGCUCCUGCCCCGCUCGCAAUGCUGUGACUGAUCAUCCUCGUUGUACCUCGGAGCUCAUCAGAUUCUCGAUAUUUGCUCAAAAACUUCUGCCCUUCUGAACUGCUUGUACCAUCGUUUCAUAUUUCUCGCCUUUGCGGAUUAAAUGUAAAAAAAAAGCUAUAUGCUUUUUUGUUUCAACACAUAUGAAAGCUUCCAUUUAUAGAUAUAUUUAUUUUGAAGUUGUAUUUUAUAUAGUAUUUAUUUUAGAUGGCUACUUUUGUCGUUUUGUGAAGAAAAGUUUAAAAGCUUAUGUCAAAAGGAAUGUACCUUGAAAAUUAGAAAUAUAUAUUGUUAAAUAUGAA